UUUGGGGACUCGGGCGGCUGCGUCACCGCAGAGCUGGGCCUGGCCACUGACCCGCAGACUGCGCCAUCGAGACCCGGGACCUCCGGAGCGGGCCGAGACCAAGUCCCAGGGCGCGGAGGAGCCAAGGGCGGCGCAGUGAACGUCGCAGAAUUCAGCCACCUACUCUAGCAAUAUGAAGAUCUCAUUUGUGGAACCUGCCAUUCUCCUGAAUGCAUUUUCUAUGAUGCUGAACCUUCCCCUGACGUCACAAUAUGUGUACAGGAGAAUCUGGGAAGAAACUGGCAACUACAGCUUUACAUCCAAUAACAAUAUUUCUGAGUGUGAGAAAAACAAAAGCAGCCCAAUAUUUGCCUUCCGGGAGGAAGUUCAGGAAAAGAUGUCUCUUUUUAAUCUGCAGAUGGACCUAAGUGGGUUAAUUCCUGGUCUGGUGUCAACAUUCAUGCUUUUGUCGAGCAGUGACAGCUACGGAAGAAAACUGCCCAUGGUUUUAUCAUCUAUUGGUGCUCUGGCCACCAGCAUCUGGCUCUCUUUGCUUUCCUAUUUCACCUUCCCAUACCAGCUUCUGAUUGCAUCUACCUUCAUUGGUGCUCUUUGUGGCAACUAUACCACAUUUUGGGGAGCUUGUUUAGCUUAUAUAGUAGAUCAGUGUAAAGAACACAAACAAAAAACAAUCCGAAUUGCUAUUGUUGACUUUCUGCUUGGAAUUGUUUCUGGACUCACGGGACUGGCGUCAGGUUAUUUUAUAAGAGAAUUAGGUUUUGCGUGCUCAUUUUUCAUUUCUGCUGUCGUUCUUACUGUGAACUUGACCUAUAUUUUAUUUUUCCUCAGUGAUCCAAUGAAAGAAUCUUUAUCCCCAAAUAUUAUUAUGUCCUGUAGUGAAAGACUUAAAGACCUAUUUUACCGAGCUUACCUACUUUUUAAAAAUCGUCCAGGUAAACAACGGUCUUUGCUCUGUUUGUUAAUCUUUAUCACAGUCAUUUACUUUUUUGUCAUAAUUGGAAGCUCCCCAAUCUUUUUGCUUUAUGAGCUGGCUUCCCCACUCUGCUGGGAUGAAGUUCUUAUAGGCUACGGGUCCGCUCUAGGUAGUGUCUCUUUUUUGAGUAGUUUUCUAGGAAUAUGGGCCUUUUCUUAUUGCAUGGAAGACAGUCACAUCGCUUUCAUUGGAAUCCUUACCACCAUGGUAGGAAUGGUUAUGACUGCCUUUGCCAGAUCCACGUUGCUCAUGUUUUUAGUGAGAGUGCCAUUCCUGUUCACUUUUAUGCCCCUCUCUGUGCUGCGAUCGAUGUUGUCAAAAGUGGUUCUUUCUACUGAACAAGGUGCACUGUUUGCUUGCAUUGCUGUCUUAGAAACUCUUAGCGGAGUGGCUGCUGUUUCUUCUUACAAUGGGGUUUAUUCAGUCACUGUGGCUUGGUUCCCAGGCUUCAUUUUUCUGCUGUCUGCUGGUCUGUUACUCAUUCCGGCCAUCAGUCUAUGUGUUAUCAGAUGCUUUGGCUGGGAGGAGAAAAGCUAUGCACUUCUCAUACAGGAAGAGCCUAGUAGCCACACAUCAGAUGGAUGAUUGCACGUUUGUCCAUAGUGUGAGUUCUGAAGAGCGUAAACUAACUUUCAAGUUAGUGCUUCAAUGAUGAUCAAAUUACAUACUCUUCUUUCUCCUAAACUGAACUGGCAGACAAACAGCACCCAACUUGACUCCUUCUGGUACUAUAUACUGAGCACUUUGUGCUCCUUAUGCAACGUAUUUGCAACACUUUCUGGACUCAAAAGAAACUGAUGCUGAAGUGCAGAACGAAUCAUUAAGGAACUGUGGUAAAGUCAAAAGCAAUAAUUUCACUGACAUACAUAUUUCUCCCACACUGAAACCAAGGAGAAGUCUUUAUCUCAGUUUCACAAAUGCAAAAUGGGUAUCUGACAUCGCUCAGGGAUUUAGAAGGCAUAAUGAAACAUUACAGUAAAUAAGUCACUGAUACAGAAUACAUUUCAGAUAUGUAUAAUUCUGCUCAUACCUGAGUAAUGGUUUGUUGUAUAGAGUUCACCAGGGACACUGUUGGUGGUUAAAACAUUGAAAGAAUACAAAAUCUUUACAAGAGAAGCACUUUAAAGAAUACAUAUUUUACACUUGGCAAGUAUGGUCAUAUAUUUUAUAUGUAA